AUGGACAUGGUUUUCUUUACUACUCCUGCACCAUCGCCGUAUGGCAACAUGGACCCUUCCGAAGAAAGGUCGACACCGGUGGACUUUCGUAUGACAAGUGCAGAUCCAUUAGCAAGCGGCGAGUUUUUGCAGAGUUCUCAUCCUACAUUAUUUGGAAGGCCGACGUAUCAGGCGCUUCCCUUGCAGCGCAUUUCGCGUGCGGAAAUCAGAGGGGAGCCCAACCCGCAGAAAGCAGUGGGCAAGCUCACGACUACCUGCUCCCUACGCUUCGUUUAUGCUAUUCAGCUAAACCAUAUCAUGAGACGAGCUAUUAUUGGAAUCUACACGACAAGCGCCCUGAAGUCACGGCAGCAUUUGGAAUCUGUCAUACGUUCCCUAAACAGCUCCGCUGACCACUGGCUGUCCGUUCUUCCUUCCACAUGCCGCUUUUUGAGAACAGAAGCGGCGGAUUCGCUUGAUUGUCAUCGCACGAGUCUCGCCUUUACUUUCUAUUGCACCAAAAUUCUGAUUCUACAACCGUGUCUGCACAUUGUUACAUAUCAAUCCUCCGACAAGAAUCUCCCGAACUCUUUUUGUGCUUCUAUGGCGGCUUUGUGCGUACGAAUGGCGAAAGAAACAAUUGAUAUCUUCCCUGAUGAGCCAGAUACAGCUUGGCUCUCCACGUCGUGUCCGGGGUGGUGCGCUCUACAUUAUCUCAUGCAGUCCACGGCCAUUCUUAUGAUUGCACUACUCGAAGGAACGCAAAUAAUCACGACCGAUACACUCAAUGUCCAGUUUAAGGUGCAUAAAGCUGUGCGAUGGUUGAGGGCGAUGUCUGCUAGGGAUCCCGUAGCGCAGAAAGCGAGAAAUCUCUGCCAGGAUAUUCUUGCUAACCACACCAUGUUCGGUUCCUCUGACUUGCCUGAAGGCUGA